UCCAGUUUUGUUUAUUUGAUAUUUGUUAUAAGUUUAUAUCAAUGCAGUGUCACUUUCGCAAUGACAAGGCAACAACUUAAGAAUUCUGGGAAACUUAUGAAAAAAUCUUGUAUUCCGAAGAACGAUGUUACUGAAGAGCAAGUCGGAAAAAUAGAGCAAGGAAAGUUCUUAGAAGAGAGAAAUGUAAUGUGUUACAUCGCCUGCAUAUAUUCGAUGACUCAAGUUAUAAAAAACAAUAAACUAAGCUAUGAGGCUGUAAUAAAACAAGUGGAUUUGAUGUUUCCGCCUGAUAUGAAAGAUGCAGUGAAGGCUGCCGCAGAAAAGUGCAAGGACGUUGGCAAGAAAUAUAAAGAUGUAUGUGAAGCCUCGUAUUGGACAGCCAAGUGUAUGUAUGAUCACGAUCCGAAAAAUUUUGUGUUUCCAUGA